AUGAGGCUUGUGCACAGAAAGAGGACACCAGCUGGGAAUAGAGAGGAUUUUCGAGUUUCAACGCACUUUACAAACCCUUUUACACACGAACUGAAGCUCAGUCCUGUGCAGAAAGUCCAGAUUGCAUUGAUGACUGUAACACUGUUUCCUCUGCGAUUGCUCUGCGGUGCUUUUUUCAUGUUGCUCGCAUGGCCUUUUGUAUUCUUGGCCACCAUGGGCCGCACCGACGACGCCGUAGAGCCUCUUACCUGGUGGAGGUGGAUGUUGGGGCUUAUCAUUAAAGGCAUCAUGAGGGCGAUGUGGUUUUCUGGAGGCUUCCACUGGAUCCGUGUGAAAGGCAGACUAGCUCUGCCCAGUGAAGCUCCCAUCCUCGUACUGGCACCACACACUUCUUACUUUGAUGGCAUUCCUGUGACCAUGACCAUGUCAUCGAUAGUGAUGAAAGCAGAGAGCAAACACGUUCCUGUCUGGGGCACGCUGAUUAAGUUCAUCCGUCCGGUGUUGGUGUCACGCUCGGAUCCUGAUUCUCGCAGGAAAACUUUGGAGGAGAUUAAACGCAGAGCGUGCUCAGCAGGCCAGUGGCCUCAGAUCAUGAUUUUUCCUGAGGGAACCUGCACCAACAGAACCUGCCUCAUCACGUUUAAGCCUGGUGCUUUUAUUCCUGGGGUCCCGGUCCAGCCGGUGGUUCUGCGCUACCUUAACAAACUGGACACGAUGUCGUGGACAUGGCGAGGACCUGGAGCAUUGACGCUUCUGUGGCUCACGUUGUGUCAGAUCCACAAUCCUGUAGAGAUCGAGUAUCUCCCUGUUUACACACCAUCAGAGGAAGAAAAAAGAAAUCCAACUCUGUUUGCCAGCAACGUGAGAAACAUCAUGGCCAAAGCUCUGCAACUACCGACCGCAGAAUACUCGUUUGAAGACGGCCAGCUCUCAGUGAUCAAAGGUCCCCUGAGUUUACCUGGCCACUCAGGCCUGCUGGAGUUCUCCAGACUGGUGCAUAAACUCGGGCUGAAGUUAGGAGUCACAGAUGAGUUCCUGCAAGAGGAGGGCAAAAAAGCAUGCAAUCUCUCUGGACGCAAACUGAGUCUGGAGGAAUUCACAGAGUAUUUAAAGCUUCCAUUGACAGAAACGCUGCAGGACAUCUUCACACUGUUUGAGGAGCACGGUCAGAUGGAUGUGAGGGAAUAUGUCAUUGCUCUGUCUGUGAUCUGCAGACCCUCUAAGUAUCUCAAGACUCUUCAGCUGGCCUUUAGAAUGUUUGAGGCUGAGGACGACAGAGCCAUUGUGGAAGACGAGUUGGCCGUCAUUCUGAAAUCUGUACUUGGUGUGGAAGAUGUUUCUGUGGGUGACGUCUUCAGAGCUGUGGAUACAAGAGACAAAGGAAAGAUCACGUUUGAUGAUUUUUGCCAUUUUAUGGAGCGCUGUCCCAACUUCAUGAAGUUAUACAGAUGUAUCGAUGAACCAACCACACACACGAGUUCAGGACUCGUACAACCUGCAACCAACAGCUUCUGCCCUGACUGCAGCUCUCAGGAGCAAAACAACACAAGACACAUCAAGAAACAGGACUGAUGU